GUGGGUUUUCUCUUCAAGCAACAUUGAAGAGUUAGUGAAGAAACAUUUUAAUGAUCGGCUGUGGGACAUUCGACCUAAUUUUGUUGAUAGCUUGGAACUGGUUGCCUUUAAUGUUGGUGAGCAGACACCAAAUAUUAAGAACCUUAGAACAUUUGAAUGUUCUGAAAGCACUCCUGGCAGCCUUCAGCCCAUUUCCUGGUUCAAUGUCCACCGCCCACCUGCUGGCCUGGAUAAAUUAUCCUCCUAUCAGGUCGUUGUGGAAGCUGAUAUUAACACAAUGUCUGAUGACUUCAAAAUGAUCUUCAGAGGCCGUGUUGGUUCUUCCAGGGUAAGUGUGGGCUUUGAUCUCGUGGUGGAAGACUUACAUUUAAGUGGAACCGUUCAGGCAGUGUUUUGCUUAUCCAUGGAUGUACCUUUUCCACAUGUGACAAAAGCAACAAUUUCAUUCAAAGAAAGACCAGAUGUCACAUUCAAUAUUCGUAUGCUGAAAGCCUUGAGUUUGAUGGAAAUACCUCUCUUGAAAUCCUGGAUACACAACAAUGUUAUGGAGGGACUUACAAAAGCUAUGGUGGAUCCAGCCAGUGUGGAUAUACAGAUUGAGAAAGUUGGCCCCACUCUUAUGGGACAGAAUGCUUCCAAAAAAGUCAAAGCUCAAGGAGUGCUGACUGUUCAUAUCAAGGGCUAUCCACCAAGAAAUGCUACUCCAGAAGACAUUCGAUACACUGUUCUCAACAUCGGUCCACGCAAGCGGCAGACACAUGAAGUUCCAGCAACUGAAGAAUGGGAUGAUGUGUGUUCAUUCUUCAUUUACAACUUGGCUACAGAAAAGAUCAGAGUCAAGAGCAAGUGUAUGCGGUUGAUCACCAGCACUACUUUGGAACAAAAUGAGAUCAAUUUGUCUUCAUUUCCAUUACAAGUGCAGCCUGAGUGUGAGACUACAGUUGAGUGUAAAGAUGGAUCAAAACUCAAAUUCACAAUGAAAUACACAUCAUUACCCGUGGUCACUCUGACAGAUGUAGAAUCUCCAGUUGCAUGCAAGGUCACAAGUGUGGCUGGAGUCAUGUAUGUGUGCAUACAUGGGGCCACCAACGUCCUGGUGGCUGAUAAAACCGGAGCGUCUGACCCAUACUGUGUUUUGUUCUGUAAUAGGAAAAGGGUUCUGACAACUCCUUUCGUACCACGCACAAGAAAUCCUCGCUGGGAGUCUUGGGUGGAAUUUUUCGUUGCAGAUUAUACUCAAAGUCCCUUGUCAUUCUUUGUGUAUGACUGGGAUGGUACCAACACAUUAAAUGAUGACUUCCUUGGAUCGACUCACAUUAGUUUGUCAGAAUCUCAAACAGAAGUAAUCAAGAGGACCUUGACACUUGGCUACAACAAACCAGAAGAAGGAUUUAUACAGGACAAAAAAUGUGGGCAGAUCACUGUGUCAGUCAUCUUCAGACCAGUUCCAUCAGUAGCUGAAUCAGAGAAGUUUCGUGAGAUCAUGAAAAGUUACAAACCAAAUAAUUAUCUGUACAGAGAAGACUUGAUGUCUCCGAGCUCAGUGGCAAAUGUACAGCACAGAAGAUCAACUGCAGCAGCCUACAUGGAUGAAUUGCUCUCUGAUAAAAUCAUUGUGGAGCUGACUAUCCUCCAAGGCAAAGACAUGACAGCAAUGGACAGAAAUGGCUACAGUGACCCAUUUUGUGUUGUCAGUGUGAAAGGAAAGAAAGUGUUUACUACCACUGUCAAAAAAAAGACCCUGUUUCCCAAAUGGAAUGAAACAGUUACAACAGAGAUGUCAUUGGUUGAUUCACCUAUUCUCACCAUUGAUGUUUUUGACAAGGAUGUUAUUUCAAAAGACUUCAUGGGCAAGCUGACAUUGACCAUUGAUCAACUCAAAGAACUGUCCAUUAAGGGUUCACCAGAGUGGUUCACCCUGGAAAAAAUCAAGGGUGGAAAAUUACAGCUGAAAUGUCAAGUGAUUGCUAAAGACACAUUGAGAAACAUGAAAGAACAAUCAAAACCGGCUGAUGGUGUUUUUGAAUAUCCACCUUCAAAUACGGCUGUGGUGUCAGACCUAAAUGUUACAGACAGCUCCAUGGGUUCACCUGAAGCUAGAACAGAUCAGAGUCACAUCAGUUUUAAUUCUCCAUCCAAGACCUCUAUAAAAUCUGGAGUGAAAGCAUCAUCUGAUCAAGACUUAGAUAAGAGAUUGGAUGAACAAGAUGGUGACAAAGAUCAUUCAACAUUGCUGAGAAAAAGAAGUCCAACAAAAAUCGUGCGCAGUGAUUCGAUAAACUCUGUAAAUGUGGUACAAAGAAGCUGGGACCAACAUUCUGUUGGCAGUUCAACUUCUCUGGGAGAAAAAGUGUAUAGUGUCAGUGGUAGAGUGCUACGCUUGCGUGGCCAUCUUCCUGCAGCUACUAAGAUCUACUGUAAAGUUCGUCUGGAAAUACCUGGAAAUCGACUUAGUCUUUUUCAUCACAGCAGAAUUAUUGGAAAGUCUCAGAUUGUCUCCUUGCAUGAUAAUACAGUGGACUGCAAUAUUAAUUUUGAGCUUGACAGAGGAGCAGGCAUUACUGUGAAUGCAGUCCUCACUUUUGACAUCAAGUACUCAAACAAGCAGCAUCUGGCAACAAAGUGCUUCUCAUUAAGGUCACUUUUGGCUGAUGGAGACAAGAGUUGCAGAUGGAUACCAAUUGGCAAAAGUGUUGAAAUUGAGAUUUCAAUUUCACAAGGUCAAAAUAACCCACAUGAGCAGCGACGUUCAGGCAGCAUCCUCAAGUCGAUAUCUUUUCGAAAAGAAAAAUCUAAUCUCAAAUUCCCAUAA